CAUGCGUACCCGUUUCCUCUUUCGACAGCUUCUUCUUCAUGGCACAGGCUAGGACAAGUAAGUCCGGUACCUGCCAAAAGAGGACCAAAUUUUAAAGAAUAAGUAAAUAAAAUCUUACAUCGAGGACAAAACGAUGCCUGGGACUGAACGGUGAUGGCGUAAAGUGCUCACGUUCUGAUGUGGAGCAGAGAAUGAGACCGGUGUGCAGUGCGUACGGCUGUGUCCACACCAUGUGUGUUUGAAAGUUCAUGUUCUGAGGGUGUGCUUACGUGCGUGUGUGUGAUGUCGGGGGACACUACCACCUUGUCCUGGAGGAGCAUGUCUCCGAACAGCCAUUUAGAAUCCUCGGACAUGUCUCCCACGGAAAUCAUCGCCAGGGACGUGGGCCCCAUGAAGAUCGUCAAAGUGUGCUUCCUUAGCAACAGCUCCAACAUGGGCAAGAACUUCAAACUGGUCCGCUGUGAAGAGACUUGGACAGUCAAGGCCAUCAUCAACGUGGUGCUGAGCAGCGGGUGUGUUGGGCCGGAAAUUAAGUACAGCCUGUGCUACGGCCUGCUCCUGAAACACCUCAAGUCCAGUGAGGUCCACUGGCUCCAUCCCGACCUGACGGUGCCGGAACUCACACAGCAAUAUGAACAGCAUCACCUGGAGGCCGAGUGGAGAUACGACCUGAGGAUCAGAUACAUCCCCGUAGACUUUAUGGAGAAGUUCAAAGAAGACAGGACCUCCAUGCUGUAUUUUUACAAUCAGGUGCGAAGUGACUACAUGCAGCACUACGCCUCCAAAGUCAGCGAUGGAAUGGCUCUGCAGUUGGGCUGUCUGGAAAUAAGGAGGUCCUACAAAGAUGGGCUGGAGAAAAAGUCCAACUUUGAACUGCUGGAGAAGGAUGUGGGGCUUCACUUGUUCUUUCCCAUGGAGCUCAUCAACAGCAUGAAGCCGAAGCAAUUGCGUAAGCUGGUCCAGCAGACAUUCCAGGGUUACUCCACCCUGAGGGAGGACCAGUGUAUGGACCGCUUCUUCACCACACUGGCCCAGUGCUACAACUACACACAGGAGAGCUUCGCCUGCCAACUGGUGCAAGACUGGAGUAUAGCAGUAGAGCUGGUCAUCAGCCCUGAAGGCAUCAGCCAACAAGCUGACAAGCAUGCAACACCCACCUGCCUGGCUAGUUUUUCCCAGGUGCGCAGUAUCCGUGUCUCCAAAGACAGUGAUGGUCAGGCACUGCUGACUGUCCAGAUAGAGGGAACUAGACAGCCCCUGUCAGUCAACACCUCCUCCCUGGCUGUGGCAGAAAACAUGGCCGACCUAAUUGACGGCUACCACCGCCUACAGACCAACUCUGAAGGCACCCUCAUUCAUAGACUUGGUAAAGGAAGAAGUACGGGGAUUGCACUGCCGGACAUCCCAAACCGCGACAGUAACAAUGGCUCCAGUAUUGGCAAACAAAGAGUGGGCUCUGAUAUCUAUUCGGAGAUCCCAGAGGACAUGGAUAACCCCAGUGAUGAACGGUACUGCCUAUCCAGAGACAACAUCAUCCUGGGUCGAAUCCUCGGUGAAGGUUUCUUCGGAGAGGUGCAUGAUGGGAUUUACAAAAGCCCAACAGGAGAGAGGAUCCCUGUCGCUGUAAAAACCUGCAAGGACUGUUCCCACGACAUGAAGGAGAAGUUUUUAGGUGAAGCUGAAUUGAUGAAGGACUUGGACCAUCCCCACAUUGUUCGUCUGGUUGGUGUUAUUGAGAUUGAUCCUGUCUGGAUUGUCAUGGAGCUCUAUGAACAUGGAGAGCUGGGGAACUACCUGAUUGAGCAGCAGCUCACCCUGACCACGGCAACGCUGGUCUUAUACUGUCUGCAGAUUGGCAAGGCCAUGGCUUAUCUGGAGGGCCGCAACAUGGUGCACAGAGACAUAGCGGUUAGGAAUGUCCUGGUGGCGUCUCCGGAGUGUGUCAAGCUGGGCGACUUUGGUCUCUCUCGACACAUUGAGGAAGAAGAUUAUUACAAAGCCUCACUUAGUCGAUUACCUAUCAAAUGGAUGGCCCCCGAGUCCAUAAACUACAGACGCUUCACCACUGCUAGUGAUGUCUGGAUGUUUGGUGUGUUUGUAUGGGAGGUCCUCUCUUUCGCCAAGCAGCCUUUCUUUUGGCUGGAGAAUGGACAGGUGAUAAACCAAUUAGAGAUGGGGGUCCGACUCCCCAAACCCGAUCUCUGCCCCCAGACCCUCUACUCCCUCCUGAAACAGUGCUGGGUCUACAAGCCAGACAUACGUCCCAGCUUCACACAGCUGGUCUGCUCCCUAAGUGACAUUCAUAAAGUGGAGGUGGAGCAGGAGGUGAAGAGAAGAGACAGAAGGCCCUCCUUCUCCCAAUUUCCCGACCCUGUCUGUACAGCGCCUCCACCAAAGCCAUCCAGACUACAUGGCAACACCCUUCGUCCGGCUAUGCAUACACAGGGUAUGGAGGGGGAAGGCAAGCCGGUCUGGGAGAGAGAAAGAGAGCAGAUAGCGGACACCCUACGAAGACAAAAAAGGGAAAUGCUAGUGGACAAGCAGUGGCUUGAGCAGGAGGAGCGACAACUGGAUCCUAUAGUGCAUCAUGAUUCAAAAAUCAAGGUGGAGCUCCCUGAGGGGCAAGAACAUGUUGUUCCAGAGAAGCCUCCCAAACCCUCUACGGCUGCACAGCCUUUGCCCACGGCGGUGCUGGACAGAUCCGGUGAUCAGGUGUACACCGGCGUGAUGGCGAUGGUCAAGGAAGUGGUCCAGCUGAAGAACGAUGUCAACACCCUGCCCGCCUCACAGUAUCCCAGCGCUGUCAAAGCGGUGGGUUUGACCCUUCGCAGCCUGAUCCAGAGCGUUGACCAGGUCCUCCCAUCGCUUCACAGCUCUCUCAGGACAGAGAUUGAAGGGACCGAGAGGCUGCUGAAUAAGGACAUGGGGGAGCUGAUCAGUAAGAUGAGACUGGCGCAGCAGAAUUCAGUCACGUCUCUGAAGGAGGAGUGUCAGAAGCAGAUGCUGGCCGCCGCUCACACCCUUGCUCUCGACUCAAAGAACCUGCUAGAUGCCGUGGACCAGGCCCGAGUCAGGGCCAGUCUGGGAAAGCCCAGGACGGAGUCACCGGAGGAUGAUAAUGCCUCGCUCUGAAUGGGGAGCUAUAGUAAAGAGACUGGAUCAUGGACUGAGAUGACAGAAGUCAUGCAUUUGAAUGUAGCAGAGGGUUUUGUCAGAGAUACAAAAUGCAUUUGAAUGGUGGCUCAACGGCACAAACUGUCUCAAACUCAUAUUUCCAUUUUUUUACAUAUAUGUAGGAGUUACCUUUCACCCAUUUCAACACAUCUGCACGAUGGACCUGGAUGUUGAAUUGACUCAGGUGGACCAGAAUCAGAAGAUUCACGGACGAAAAAUCCAAUUUUUUAUCUGCUAGUAGAGCCUUAGUUUGUAUCAGAGAUACAAGAGAUGUCGAUAUAGCAGAGCUACAAUCCAUCGGGGAGUCACAACAUAUAGUGCCUCUGCCCGCUCUGAACAGCUGCUGUCUGAAUGGUUUCCUCUGUAUUUCUUCAGCCGGAGCCGACUACACUCACCCGGGCCAAAGAGAAAUAACUGGACUCAAAUGGGCCAACCCUGGUAAUCUGAAAUCGCUGAACAGUGUUGUGUAUACAUGAAUAGGUACUCUAAAACAACCUGUUUGCUUGUUUGUUUUCCAUCAAGAUGCCUGAUCGCUUAAAUGUUAAACCCUCUACUGCACAGAGGUGCGCUUAGGCAAUGGAAAGUUUUCUUCAGCCCCAUGUCCAGUACAUGUUUCUUAAAAUAAAUGCAAACAACCUGAAUGGCCAGAAAAAUAUCAAAGAACAGUCCAAUAAGGUGCGGGAAUCACUAUCAAGCAUCAUUUGAAGGUGGGACUUGCUUUUCUGACACAUGGUGUGAGAAGAAGGUACAGUUAUUUGCUUUAGUAAUCUUGUUUACUUUAGUAAUCUUUGCCCUGGGUAAGACGCUGAACUGCAACCGCAGGCUGUAGAGGGGUAGCACCUUACCUCAGCAAGGGCUCUUUGGCUAAGGACGACAUCCCUACUGAUAGAUCUGCUCCUCCAUGCCUGUAGUAUGGUACUUCCCAUGGUGCUCAGUCCAGCCAACACAUUGGGAUAGGAGAAGGGGACUCUGAUUUCAAAUCCACCUGCUGCCUUGUGGGUUGAUGCCUCUUUAGGCAAAGGCUAGGAGAAGGCAACUCUGAAUUCAAAUCCCCGGGCACAGUCUACCGAGCUGUCAGUACCCAGAAAGGAUAAACGAAGGGUAAACCAUUCCCCAGGCGCUGCACGGCGGCUGCCCACUGCUCCUAGCUUCACAGCUAGGAUGGGUUAAACGCAGAGAGUGAAUUUCAUUCUAUGUAUGUACAAAUGACAAAUAAACUGAUUCUGUAUUUAAAAUGACAGAAACUGUAAAUAAAAAAUAGGC